CCCCCUUAUCCCUCCCUCCCUCCCUCCCUCCCUCCCUCUCUCUCUCUCUCUCUCUCUCAAAAUUCACCACUUUCUCACUUCCUAGAAAGAAUACAUAUCAGAGGCUUCCUCUCUUGCUGUUGUUGACAAUUCACAUCAAAACUCAGCCACUUUUUUGUAAAGUUUUGUGCCAGCAUUGCAGGUGUAGCUAGUGUUGGACUCCACAUGGGGAGGCACUCUUGUUGCUACAAGCAGAAGCUAAGGAAAGGCCUCUGGUCUCCUGAAGAGGAUGAGAAGCUUCUCAAUUACAUCACCAAGCAUGGCCAUGGCUGCUGGAGCUCAGUCCCUAAACUAGCAGGUCUGCAGAGGUGUGGGAAGAGCUGCAGGUUAAGGUGGAUAAAUUACCUGAGGCCUGAUUUGAAGAGAGGGCCAUUCUCACAGCAAGAAGAGAAUUUGAUAAUAGAACUCCAUGCAGUUCUUGGCAACAGAUGGUCUCAGAUUGCAGCCCAGUUACCAGGAAGAACAGACAAUGAGAUUAAAAAUCUAUGGAAUUCCUGCAUUAAGAAGAAGCUGAGGCAAAGAGGCAUUGACCCCAACACUCACAAACCACUCUCAGAAGCGCUUGAUCAAAAUAUUGGCAAAGAAAUUAACAACAACAAUAAUAUUAACCUCUCCCCAACUUACAAAAGCAAUGAGAAGGCCUCUGUGGGAUCCAAUGAGCUGAGCCUCGUUGAGGCAGUGAGUUCAAAGCACCCUACUUCAGCGUCCGAAAACCGGUUCAACCCGGUUGAAGUUUCUUCUACCUCCAAACUCAUAAGCAGCAAUGGCGGCAGCAGCAAAAGUUUGACACAUGAAGGCUCCCCCAGUAGUUGCGGGCCUUGUGAUUUUGUGGGAUACUUUUCUUUUCCUCAUCACAAUAACCAAAACAAUUAUGGUUCGUCGUCAGAUAUGGGGCUGCAGGCAGUAAAUCAAAACACCACUUUCAGCUUCCUCAAUCAAAAUCCAGAGUUCCUGCAACCGUCCAUGUCAUCAAGCUCCGCCAUAUUCACCGCCCCUCCUCCUCCUCCCACACGUGUGAAGCCUUCCAUCAGCCUCCCAUCCGAUAACUCCUCCACCUGGGACUCCAAUGCCAACAACAGCAACAGCAGCGGCGGCGGCUACUUCGACAGCUCUGCAGCCUUUUCUUGGUGGCCGCCGGAAGCGGUAAAAUCCGACGACCCACAAGAGAUCAAAUGGUCUGAAUAUCUCCACAACACCUCAUUUCAGAUGGGAACCCACCAAGCCUCUCAGCCUGCUACUUACUCAGAAAUCAAACCAGAAUCUCAGUCACACAUUUUAUCAAACAGCUUGAGCGCAACAUCUUGGCACCACCAGAACCCGCAGCACCAGCACCAGCAAGCUUUACAAGCUUCAGAGAUGUACACAAAGGAUCUUCAGAGACUUGCUGUAUCUUUUGGUCAAACCCUUUAGAACCAAAAAACCAAAAAACAAAACAAAUCAAACCAGGUGCAGCACAACCCACUCUAAGCUAACUUCUAGUUUGUGAGAGUGAAGGGUUUGGAAGUUGGAAGAGUUCUUCUGGGUUUUACAAUUUACAGGUGUGUGCUAUAGAAUUUUCUUUUGAUUUUUUAUUUUGAUUUUGAUUUUUUGUAAAGUGUCCAAUACCAAAUUUAUUUUUUUCAGCCUUUUUCAAAUUUAUUAUUGUUACUAAUAUAUUUGUGAUCUCUCCAAUAUCUGAGCUUUAUGUUCAUAAAAAAACUCCCAGCUUUGUCCAUGAAAUUAAUAGGGUUGAGAGUUACAGAAAUAAGGGCUUUUGUUA